GAAAGCAGAGAGCCAAAUCCAGAGGUUGGGGAGAGAAGAGACUGAGAGGACACCUGCGAUUUGGAAGAUUUCCAUAUCCUUUCCCAAAAAGCAAUCUGUCUCACUCUAAUUUUUCUCCUUUUGUUUUGUUUCUUAUUCACUUCACUCACUGCUUUCUCUCACAAUUCUCGAUUCUCUAUUCUCAAUUCUCAAUUCUCUCUCCCCAUUGACCUAAAUCCACGCAUUCUUCUCUCCAAUGGUGGGCGACGGCCACCCUCCUCCUAAUUCCGCUGCCUCUCCCCACAAUUGUAACAACAAACCCAAAGACAAGAACAGGAAGAAGAAGAAGAAGCGCCGCGGGAGCAACAAGAAGAUGACUUCCGACCAGGCUCUGGCCUUCAAGUACGUCACCGAGUGGGUGUUUUUGGAUCGCUCUAAUUCUCUUGCUUCCUCUGCUGCCUCCUCUGUGGUCGAUGAUUUUGGAGUGCAGAAGAGUCUCGGCAAGGGUGGGGACAAGGUGGUGUUCGAACUGCACUCCCACUCCAAAUUCAGUGAUGGGUUUCUCUCCCCUUCCAAGCUUGUUGAGAGAGCUCAUGGAAAUGGGGUGAAAGUUCUUGCUUUGACAGAUCAUGACACAAUGUCUGGCAUCCCUGAGGCUAUAGAAGCAGCUCGUAGAUUCGGCAUCAAAAUAAUUCCAGGGGUUGAAAUCAGUACGAUAUUCUCUACAAGUGGAAACCCAGAAUCAGAAGAACCAGUACACAUCCUUGCAUAUUACAGCAGUUGUGGACCAGCAAAGAUUGAGAAGCUGGAAAAAUUCUUAGAAAAUAUAAGGGAGGGGCGGUUUCUGCGUGCAAAGAACAUGGUGUCAAAACUGAAUGAGCUGAAGCUGCCUCUUAAAUGGGAUCAUGUGGCUAGGAUUACUGGUAAAGGAGUAGCUCCUGGGAGACUCCAUGUGGCUCGUGCCAUGGUUGAAGCAGGCUAUGUGGAGAAUCUAAAACAAGCAUUUGCUCGUUACCUUUUUGAUGGUGGACCUGCUUACUCAACGGGAUCAGAGCCUUGUGCAGAGGAAGCAAUACAAAUGAUACACGACACAGGUGGUGUGACCGUACUAGCCCAUCCGUGGGCCUUGAAGAAUCCUGUUGCCGUUAUUAGAAGACUGAAAGAUGCUGGCCUCCAGGGGCUGGAGGUCUACAGGAGUGAUGGAAAAUUGGCAGCAUACAGUGACCUAGCAGACAGUUAUGGGCUUCUGAAACUUGGAGGAUCAGAUUUUCAUGGAAGAGGUGGACACAGUGAGUCUGAACUUGGAAGUGUAAACCUUCCUGUUCUUGCUAUGCACGACUUCCUCAAGCUUGCUCGGCCAAUUUGGUGCGGUGCUAUUCGGGAUAUUUUAGAGAGUUAUGCCGAAGAGCCUUCCGACUCAAAUCUAGCAAAUAUUACUAGAUUUGGGAGGACCCGGGUUUCAAAGAGCAGCUCUUCAGCGAGUAGCGGAGAGGACUUCAUUGAUCGUUGCUUGACUUCGUGGCUGACAAAUGAAGAGAAGCAAAAUGCUGAGUUUGAGGCUAUCAGGUUAAAGCUCGCCCACGUUUCAAUGAAUCAUCAGGAAGUUCAGGUGCCUUGAAGAAGGUAAUACUUGCUUAUCUAGUUAGGAUUUAAUCAGGUUUUUAUCCUUGCUUUUGUUAGUUCUUUUUGAGGGGAAAGUAGGUGCCCGUAAACGUUCCGUUGAGGUUCAACGAAAAGCUCCCAUCGUCUUAAAUAUAUACUUUUUGUUCAAAUCAAUAAAACUUCAUUCAAUCUCUCA